GGCCAGGCUAGACUUCUGGGGCAGCUGGGGGUGGGAGGGGCCCCAGCUCAGUCCCAAGGCUGCCCCAGGAGGCUCAGACAGGCCCAACCUGCUCAGCCUCCCUGACAGCCAUGACCCCCUACCUGCUGGCUCUGCUGUUGGCCAACGCUGUGGCAACCCUCCUGGCAAACCCCCAUCCGGGGCCCACCCAGCCUGAUGCCCUCCUGGUGUUUCCCGGGCAGACCGCCAACCUGCUGUGUGCCCUGAAGCCGGACUUUGCCAUCCGCGACCACGGGGUCUCCUGGUACCAGCAGUAUCCGGGCAGUGCUCCUCGGUUCCUGCUCUACUAUUACUCGGAGGAAGAGCAGGACCGGCUACCUGGGCUCCCUCAGCGCUUCUCGGCCUCCAAGGACACGGCACAGAACGCCUGCAUCCUGACCAUCUCACCUGUGCAGCCGGAGGAUGACGCUGACUAUUACUGCUCUGUGUCUUACAGCUUCUAGCAGCCGUCCCACAGCCAGAGCCUCUGUGGCCUGGGCCCUCCAUGCCAGCUCUGGCUCUGGCCCUGCCCCUGGGUCCUCACCCAGCCUGGGCUCUCACUGCCAGCCUUGGCUUUUCAAUCCUCACCCGCUGGUUCCUUCAUGGGCCAUCACUAGCAGCUCCAGCCCUUCCAUCCUUGCCGGCUAGCUCCUUCCCUGUUGCCUAGCCAGCAUCUAGGGCUCCCCCUAGAGGACAUUGCUGGGGGGCCAGCCCUGAAGCCGCUGCCCAUAUCUACCUGGCUUCCCUCUCCUCCUCUAAUGGGCUGGAGCUUCCUCCCUCGCCCCCCUUUUCCAUCCUGACCUUUCUACCACCCCCACCCCAUCCCCCUUGACCCCCUUAACUAUCUCUUCUUUUUUUCUUUUUGAAAACAUCUGAAUUUAUAUAUUGUGUUUCAUACUUGUGGUCUGCUUUGGUAAAGGGGAGGUGUCUUCUCACAUCUCUUCUUUGAGGCCAUGCUUGGUUUUUAUCUUACAACACUCUGCAUAAACUAGUUUGUGGUGGUUGGUCUUUCUACUUA